GAGAAUCAUGUGACUUUCACCGUUACACAAAUGUGGUGCACAUACAGCAGGUUUAAUUUCAAUAUUAUUCCCUGUUUGCUUCAAUAGCAAUCUGUGUUCAUAAUAAUCAGUGCCACAUCAUAUUACUUUCAGAAUGAAGCGCUGGUAUGUUUCUACCCAGUUUUCCCCUUCAGCAGAUUCCCAGCCCUGAUAAGAGAAGCUCUUCCGGACUAAGACUCAGUUUUAUGAGGCUAAAGUCUGGAGCAGACAGCGUUAAGUGUCACUCUCCUAAAUAACUUUGAGGCUUUUGUAGCUCGGUUGUAAAGCAGAUCUCGGAGAAAGUGCCAGUAAUGAAGCUGAUCAUACUGAGAGACUAUGAUGAAGCCAGUGAGUGGGCUGCAAAGUACAUCCGAAACAGGAUCAGGAGCUUUAAUCCCGGUCCGGACCGGUUCUUCACUCUGGGCCUUCCAACAGGCAGCACUCCGCUGGGAUGCUAUAAGAAACUGAUCGAGUAUUAUAAGAAAGGGGAAAUAUCUUUUCAAUUCGUGAAGACCUUUAACAUGGAUGAGUAUGUAGGUCUGCCCAGAGACCAUCCCGAAAGCUAUCACUCCUUCAUGUGGAACAACUUCUUUAAGCAUAUCGACAUCCGGUCAGAAAACGCACACAUUCUGGACGGCAGCGCUCCAGAUCUGCAGAUAGAAUGCCAGGACUUCGAGGAGAAGAUUAAAGCUGCUGGUGGGAUUGAUCUUUUUGUAGGAGGUAUUGGACCUGAUGGACACAUUGCUUUCAAUGAGCCCGGCUCUAGUCUUGUGUCUCGAACCAGGGUCAAGACCUUGGCUAUGGACACCAUUCUGGCCAAUGCUCGUUUCUUUGAUGGAGAUCUGUCUAAAGUCCCGACCAUGGCUCUGACUGUAGGAGUUGGCACAGUGAUGGAUGCCCGUGAGGUGAUGAUCCUCAUCACAGGUGCACAUAAAGCGUUUGCCCUGUACAAGGCCAUAGAAGAAGGUGUCAACCACAUGUGGACGGUUUCAGCAUUCCAGCAACAUCCUCAGACCGUCUUCGUGUGUGAUGAGGAUGCGACACAAGAGCUGCGGGUCAAGACUGUGAAAUACUUCAAAGGCAUGAUGCAUGUUCACAAUAAGCUGGUGGAGGAACCAUAGAUUCUGCUGAAACGAGAAGGAGACUUUGAUUUGCAUUUAGUAUUUUAUCAUUAUUACGUUUAACAUUGUUAAAAUAAUACUUUUUCUACACGUAGUAGCAGAUACGAAGGACUUAAAUGAAAUUAAAAAUAUAUAAUCUCAAUAUGUGAAGUGUUCAGUUAAUGACUGGAGAUGACAAACACUUGAGUGUUGGAAAUUAUGUCUUUUAUAUGUGGUCUGCAUCUUUUUUCUUUUAGGGAGAUGCUUAUAAACAUGACUGAAAUACACCA